CCCUCUUUCUACCUUCACAAAAUAAGUUACUAUUUUUAACAUUUUCCGAUGGAAGAAGCAAUGAGGCGUCUCAACGGUGUGACUCCGAUUCUCGGACCCGACCCAAAAGAGUCAUCAGUCGGUGAAAACCCUAAACGCUCCACCGCCGUCAACAAGCGCGCUUUAAGGGAAGACGGCGGCGGCGGAGCCAUGAGGUACCGUGGCGUGAGGCGCAGGCCGUGGGGACGUUACGCCGCCGAGAUUAGGGACCCUCAGUCCAAGGAGCGACGGUGGCUGGGAACCUUCGACACCGCGGAGGAAGCCGCCUGCGCCUACGACUGCGCCGCCAGAGCCAUGCGCGGUCUCAAGGCUCGCACCAACUUCGUGUACCCCACUUCUCCGCAAGCUUCUUCCGCCACCGCCGAGCACUUCUUUCAUUCUUUUAGUAAUAACAACUUCACCAAACACUCUCCGUCACUACCCUUCACCAGCCACCGUAGCCGCCACUCAACUGGUUCCGCCAGCUGCUUUGACCACCCUAGCCCCGUUGACUUUUCCUUUUCCAACCCGCGAAACCCUUCUUCCUCACUCAACAUGCUUCUCCUUCGCGACCUCAUUAACUCUUCUUCAAAUAACCCCUCCUUGCUUUCUUCUUCCACCCACAACUUCCACGACCAGUUCUACAACAAGGGUUCUUCUACUUUUUCAUCGUUACCAACUGUUUCUUCUUCUUCUUCUUCUUCACCUCUUAUUCCUAGUUAUUCGGUGAAUUACCCUUUGGAAGGCACUGCGUCUGUUAACGUGAACACCCUAUGUGGAACUAAUUUCACCGAAAAAGGUGAUGAUGACAGUGGGUCUGGAUUUUUCUCUCGAGAAUCUUCGGAUUCGGGAUUGUUGGAAGAGAUAGUUAACAAGUUCUUGCCCAAAGCGAAGCCUAAUAAAUGCGAGACUUUGCCAAAAAUAGAGAGUUUCCGAAACCCUCAGGAGUCCGUUCUUCCUUCACUUAUUUCUGAAUCAACACUUGUUUCCACCGCGCAAUGCUAUGAUGACACGAAGAAGGGGUUUCAGAAGAAUGAGAGUUUCGGUGUUUCUUUCGAUCAUCAGGGUCUUCCCAUGCAGAAAUUUGACAACUUUAAUGGGUUUAACGUGCAGGGUAUGGCUCUGGGGAAUGAACAAACCAUGACCAAUCAUGCAGAGAAUUGCAUCGUUGAAGAUGUUUUUCAGUACCAAGAGCUUCUUAAUUCUUUUGCAAUCAGGAUGCAAAAUGCUUAGUGUGUGUUACUGAUAUGAGUCGUAUACGUGAUCAGGUUGUUGAAUCUGCCUCUUCACAACUUUGGUUUGUUCUUUCAAUUUGAAACUAAUUAAUCUUUAGGGUUUUUGUUGUUCCUAGGUUCUACCAGGUUAAUUAGUUUGCUUGUAGUAUGCCUCUGGCUGGCUUCUAUUAUG